AUGUCCUCACCAACUUUCAAUAAAGACCGCCAUAUCAAAUACUUCUUACGUUGCCUCAAGACCUUACUCCCCCAUCAGUACACAGCCGGUGACGGCGGGCGCAUGCUCCUAGGCUUUUUCGUUAUCGCAGGCCUUGAUCUACUAGGCGCACUUCAAAGCAGCACUACACCCGAAGAACGACAGGGCUACAUCAACUGGAUAUAUCACUGCCAGCAUCCCUCAGGCGGUUUUCGCGGCUUUACGGGCACCAAGUUUGGCGACGACAAACUCACCGGUGACAACGAAGCUUGGGAUCCGGCAAAUGUGCCGGCUACUUUUUUGGCUCUGGAGACGUUGCUAAUUCUGGGUGAUGAUCUGGGUCGCUUGAAGCGUAGGGAGUGUUUGCAGUGGUUGCCCAAGUUGCAGCGUAAGGAUGGCAGUUUUGGAGAGCUGCUGGGCGCUGGGGAGGAGAUUGAGGGGGUCCUGCCAGUCGGGGCAUUGUCUUUUUUAGAGAGAACAGAGAAGGGAAGCAACCAAACAACAAUACUUUCGCCACAAAGCCAGCGUUUUGAUUCUCUGCUCAAGUGGCUACUUUCGAGGCAAACGCAUGAGAUGGAGGAUGAGGACGACGAAGAGACAGACGCUAAUGAACACUCAGAAACAGAAGCAAACGCUUCGCAACUUCUAGAAACGAAAAACACAGCAAAGAUUAACCAACAGAUUGGAAACCUCCCAGACAUCCCACCAUUCUCUUCAACGUCCCUGACAUGGACAGGUUUCAACGGGCGUUUGAACAAGAUUGCAGAUACUUGCUACUGCUUCUGGGUAACCGGUGCAUUAGGCAUCAUGGGCCAAGGGUCGCUCAUCGACACUGCUGGUCUUCGUCACUAUCUUCUCGACAAGACACAGCAUCUCAUUGGGGGCUUUGGGAAAGCCGUAGGGGAACCUCCAGAUAUUUAUCAUUCCUACCUGGGUAUGGUUGCCCUCGCGUUGGUUAACGAGCCGGCUAUACAAAAUACCCAUCAAGGCUCAGUUAGUACCAUUUCCAGCAUCAGCCCGGGGGCUGCCCUGGCCUCUCAAAGAUCCCUAGUUGAUACUGCCAUUGCGGCGGGCGUGAAAAUCUUCUGUCCUUCAGAAUUCGGCAUCGACACGGCAGAUAGCGCUGCAUCUACAUAUAUACCAUUCUUAGAAGACAAAAUCGAUACACUUUCCUACCUCAAGACACAGCAGGACAAGAUCUCGUGGACAACAGUCAUCACGGGCUGUAUGUUUGACUGGGGUCUGAAAAUCCCCGGUUUUGGCGGUUGGGAUAUUCCGGCGCGCCCUGCGACAAUCUUUGACGGAGGUGAUAUCCCCUUUGAAGCUACCAAUCUGGAUCAAGUCGGCAUGGCUCUGGCAAAGUGUCUCAAAAACCCGGAGCUCACGCAAAAUCAAUACGUCUACGUGAAUAGCUUCACUACCACUCAAAAUAAGGUGCUAAGGGCUCUUGAACAAGCCACCGGCGACAAAUUCACCGUGACCAAGGGCUCUGUCAAUGGAUCAUGGCAAGAUGGAGCAAACAAGGUCAAGGAAAGAUAA